ACACCUUGUCGUAUCCAGAAGGAUCGUUCCCCGCCCCUCCGGCUGGGCCAGCUCCAUCGGAGAGCAGGGUGGCCGCAGGAGGGACACGAACAACUCAGUCCUUGGGAAUUCUUCUCAGUGGUGCCCUGUGCAUUCUCUGAGGGUCAAGCAUAGCGGUGGACAGCUGUGUGGCUGAGAUGAGAAGGUCAUGGCACGAACGCUACUGGAAUGCAGUCUCAGUGACAAGCUGUGUGUUGUCCGUGAGCAGCAGUAUGAGAUCAUCAUCAUCCCAACCAUUCUGGUUGGCGCCUUCCUCGUCCUUCUUGCAGUCAUCCUGUGGCUUUUUAUCAGAGGACAAAGAGCCCAACAACAGUCUCUUGGACUCCGAGGUGUUGUCGCUGUGCCUCCAUCUAGGGGCUUAAGCUUGGAGGUAGCAAGUCAUGGUGGAAGCGUGUUUGUGCCACUCAAAGAGAGAUCGGUAGAAAGCCUCCUACAAACUAUGACUCGUGCUCUGGCUAAGCUGCAAGUGCCCCGGGAGCGAUUCUAUGAUGUUCUGGAGCAGAUCCACAGUGGGAGUUAUGGAGCCAUCUAUCGAACCAAGAUGUACACCGGGGACCCUGCUAAGCCAAAGAGUGUUGUCAUCAAGGCUUUGAAAGAACCAGCUGGGCUCCAUGAGGUGCAGGAUUUCUUGGGGCGAAUCCAAUUCUAUCAGUACUUGGGGAAGCACAAGAACCUGGUGCAGCUGGAAGGCUGCUGCACAGAAGGACUGCCGCUCUAUAUGGUGUUGGAGGAUGUGACCCAAGGAGACCUGCUCAGCUUUCUCUGGACCUGCCGGCGGGAUGUGAUGACCAUGGAUGGCCUUCUCUAUGAUCUCACAGAAAAACAAGUAUAUCACAUUGGAAGGCAGGUCCUCCAGGCUUUGGAAUUUCUCCAGGAUAAGCAUCUGUUCCAUGGGGAUGUGGCCGCCAGGAAUAUCCUGAUCCAGUGUGACCUUACUGCUAAGCUCUGUGGUUUGGGCCUGGCUUAUGAAGUCCAUACCCGUGGGGCCAUUCCGGCUACUUACUCCAUACCUCUCAAGUGGCUCGCCCCAGAGCGGCUUCUGCUGAGACCAGCUGGCAUCAGAGGAGAUGUCUGGUCCUUUGGGAUCCUGCUUUAUGAGAUGGUGACUUUAGGGGCACCGCCAUAUCCCGAAGUUCCUCCUACCAGCAUCCUACAAUAUCUCCAAAGAAGGAAAAUUAUGAAGAAACCAAGUAGUUGCACACAUACCAUGUAUAACCUUAUGAAGUCCUGCUGGCGCUGGAGUGAGGAGAGCCGCCCCUCACUCAAAGAGCUACACGAACGCCUAGAAACUGCCACUCGAACUGCAGACGACAAAGCUGUGUUGCAAGUACCUGAGUUGGUGGUGCCUGAGUUGUAUGCAGCCGUGGCAGGUGUCAGCAUGGAGAACCUCUCCUACAGCUACAGCAUCCUUUGAAGAUCCUUGGGCAGGAAACAUUUAUGGGUGAUCGUAUCCGAUUGGGAUGAACUCCUCCAAGAACAGAGAAUAGCUUUCUAGUGGGACAUAAAGGCAGAAACAGGACCUUCCCCUGCACAUUUCCCUAGAUGCCUGAAGUGAUGCUAGAUGAGGCUCUACGCACCACCUGCCACGGAGACUGAGAAGUACAGUUUCAUCUCUGCUGUCUCAGCCCUGAAGGCCCAGGGUAGACGUGGUGGAUAGUAUCAUUGCAAAGAACGUUUUAGAAGUCUACAGUGUUUGUCUGGAAUUGCACACAUAGGCUGGCCCUCCCACCACAGGCUGGUUUCCUCUUGAAGCAUGCUUUUUCCUAACUUAUUAUAGGGUCCAGAGGAGUUGCAAGCAACUGAGGGAACAGAAAGCUGACAGAGAAGUUGAUGAGAAAAAAUUAAAGAGCAUAGAUACGGACCAAGGUCAUCCUUCAAAGAGGUGGUGCAGGAAGGAGAUAAAGUUCUUCAAUCCUGGUCCAUUCAUGCAGGACUGGAGGAGGACCAUGAAGGAAAACGUCCGAGCUUCCCUUUGGGUAUAGAUAGGAGAAAAAUGGUCUCCUUUUAUCUAACUAUGAGGCAAGGGAACUUGCUGGAACCGCUUUGAACUUGAAACUGGAGGGGUCCUUUCAUGAUUAAGGACAUUCAACAUCUACUGUUCAUCAGACAAGCUUCCUGGUCCCCAUAAGACUAGGGAGACUGAGCCUAGAGAGUCCACUGGGCUGGCGAUGAACAUGCAGUUGACCCUUGAACGGGACGGGUUUGAACUGGGUGGGUCCACUCACACAUAGACUUUUUUUCUUGAUAAAUGCAGUGCAACACUGUAAAUGUAUU